AAACAAGAAAGGGUCGGCAGCGAGAGACAAAAAGUGAAGCCCUUGGAACUGGUGGUGGACUCUCUCAAGUGAAAUCGGGUUUUUAGAACGAGAAAUCGGAGACCGAAACUGAAAGAUGUCCGGCGUGACGAACCAGGAGGAAGACAAGAAGCCCACCGAUCAGUCGGCCCACAUCAACCUCAAAGUCAAGGGCCAGGAUGGGAAUGAAGUAUUUUUCAGGAUUAAGAGGAGCACUCAACUGAAGAAGCUUAUGAAUGCGUAUUGUGAUCGUCAGUCUGUGGAGUUCAACUCAAUUGCAUUCUUGUUUGAUGGCCGUCGUCUCCGAGCAGAGCAGACUCCAGAUGAGCUGGAAAUGGAAGACGGUGAUGAGAUAGAUGCCAUGCUGCACCAAACUGGGGGAGCUAUUGCCUAAAGGGUUUGGCAGGUCAUUUCUCUAGCAGGAGAGAAAUAUAAAUAGAUUUUAGCAUUUCCAAAAGACAAUAUUUGGAACUGUAAUGCCUAUUAAUUAUGUGCUAGACAACCAGCCUUUUCUGAAUCAUUAUGGGAUAUGCCUUGUUAAUUUCGAAAGAGUUUUGUAUUCAGUUAUUUCCUCAGGGAUUA